UCACGUAUUGAAAAAUACGGUGUUAAUGGUGAAAACGGACAAAAUCGGCCUUCGCCACGUGAGCUAAUUAUUCAAAAAAAUAUCAGGAAUUUUGCUCUGCAAACAUUGCAGGGAUUUGUGUCACAAAUGAGUCUUCCUCCAAGCGAAGUUCGUUACGGCGAAUUGCAGGAACAGAGGCGUGCUGAUAUAAAACGUCGAACUGACUUGGAAAGGCAGAGAAGUGCUUUUGUUUUGAAGCCUUCCAGUUCAAAUCCUGGACUAAAUUCAAGCGGGUCUGAGGCUACUCAGCAGAAUUCAAAAGGCCAUUUAAAAGAAUCUGUUUCGUUUGCUGGAGUUGACCAUUUUUGUGGAGAUGACGGUUGGACUCCGUCGACGACAUGUCUUCGUAGAAAUCCAUUUAUUGAUGAAGCGGAUCGAGUUGAUCCUUUAUUAGAGCAGAUUCUAAUCAUCAAAGGGUAUUUACAGCAGGCUGCUGAGGAUGGUCGACUGGAAGAAGCUAAGAUUCUGGAACGUAAUUUGCGCGAUCUUGAACUUGAAUUGGAGAAACAGAAUGGCACUGUUGACUCAGGGAAGUGA